UUUCUGUAUAAAAAACUAUAAAAGAUACAACAACCAUUACUUCACAUUUACCCGCUUUACAGCAAGCGCAUCUGCUCUGCUUUUCAUUUUCUUGUCCAAGCUCCCUAUAGAAACCAUUUACGAUGCCCAAGAGAAAGGCAGAAAGUACAAAGGCCAAGAUAGAGCCAGAAAGGCGGUCUAAAAGGUUAUCUGAAAAACCAUCUGCACCUAAACCUGAACCAAAAGUAAAAAAGGCUGCACCCAAGAAGACGGGUAAAGUUGCAAAGAAGAGCAAGGCUGAAGCUGGAAACAACCCUGCUGAGAAUGGUGAUGCCAAAUCAGACCAGGCACAGAAGAAUGAUGCUUCUGGUGAUGCCAAGUAAACUGCGUGUGAACUUUUGAUAAUUCUAUGUACUCUCUGUGACUGUACAGAUUGAAAUAACUUUUUUUAUCAAGUUUUAUAAAAAAAAAAAAAAAAAAGAGUUGCUGUUAGUUCCAUUGUUAGCCUACACUUCUGUUUUGAAACAUUUUAUUGUAGAGUUUUUCAUUAGCUUAAAACAAAUAUAUUUUUUCUUUUCUUCUAUGCCAUUGGAAAACAAUUUCCGUCCGGACCAUGUUAAAAUAAGAUUGUUCCCUUUUUAUUAAAGUUUUAAAAAAAGUG